GACUUAACCCGACCCAUUUCCGUCACUCCAUGCUGCCCUCACCUCGUCCAGCUCCCUCCUCGCCUGCCUCACCUCACCUCCAGCCGUCACCAGCACCAAGCGCUUCCGUUUUCUCGCGCUGCGCCCGCGAGGCCGCCCUGCUCCCACCAGUCGUCGCGCCCAGCACGAAGCCGCCCAUCGCGCCCUCGUGCUCGUCCAGGUGGUGUCGUCCCAGGCGCCGAACUCCCUGCGCUCGGCCUCCUCAGUCUUCACCAGCGCGUCGCCGCCCCUGGUACCGGUCCCGGCCGCCGGCGUCGUUUUCCAGCCACCGGCCUUCAACCUGAAGAGUCCCUCCACCAGCGCUCGGACCUCGCCGUCCCUGCUCGCCUCCUUCCCCAACGUCGCCGGUGAAGGUCCGCCCCCAACGGCUCCAGCCGCGUCCUGCGCCAGGCGCGCGUCUUCUUCGAUCCCGACCACGCCAUCGACUUCGUCUCCGGUGAAAGCUGCGUCUCUCCCUGUUCCUCGUCGCCUCACCCACAUCCGGCCGUUCCAGCAUCAACCCGCCGGUCUCACCAGCGCCAGUUGCCGUUGCCUCGCUCGCUCUCGUCGCCGUGCAGUCACCAAAUCGCCGAGCCGCUGUCGCCUCUGUUUCGCUGCACCGUCGUCUCCUGUCUACUCGCGCGUUCUUCUCUGUCGAUAUCGAUAUCCGCCGACUUCUGUGGUGCGCAGCGGUGAGGACACGUGUCAUCUGAAGAGCAAGUUGGUACCUGAAAUCUCAAGUCCCAGGCAAGUUGUGCCCUUGAUCACUUCUUUUUACCCAGCCAUGUUCUGAUUAAUCAUAAUGAUCUGCAUAGGUUAAUUUUGAUGGGACCCAAUAGGUUACCCUAGUUUGAUUAUCUUUAUACCUUGUUACCACUGAACUUUUUGGGUAGUACUUGCUAGUGCUUUAUGUGGUGUUGGGUAUGAAGAUACAUUACUCAUGAUUAUACUUUUGUUAUCCGUUGUUAUUUAUCGUUCAUGAUAAGAUCAUUAUGUUAAUUGGAACAUGGAGCGACCACCCGGGAAAACAGUGCUACCACAAGGGUUUAAUGGGACGCCCUUGGCUGAUUAAUUAGGAAAGCUAGUGGAGGACUACCUUACCCGAAAGGGGCAAGGGCAGUAGGGGAGUGGUCAGUGUAGGGAGGCCCUCGGGAGGAUUUUGCUGCGAUGGCGGUCCUGCAAGGGAUUCCUGCAUUGGAGCUUCCUAUAAACUGUAGCGGGUUUUCUGAAGCUAGUGGAACUUUGUAAAGGCCUCGUAGUGUUACCCUGCCUCGCCUCCUCGGUAGAGGUGUAUGGGAAGUCGCGAUCCCUUGGCAGAUGGGUAACAUGACUUGUGGGUAAAGAUGCGCAACCUCUGCAGAGUGUAAAACUGGUAUACUAGCCGUGCUCACGGUCAUGAGCAGCUCGGACCCUCACAUGAUUAAAUUAUGGAACUUAAACUCAAUUUGUCAUAUGCAUUGCAUCGCAGGUGAGGUUGUUACUUUUGUUCUACUAUUUAAUUGGGUUGGUAUUUACUUAUACUUAGUAAUUGCUAAUAAAAUUUUGACCAACUUUAAAAGCAAUGCUCAGCUCUAACCAUCCUCUUUGGUAAGCCUUACACUUCACGUGAGCUCCCACCUUUGGCGAGUUCAUGCACAUUAUUCCCCACAACUUGUUGAGCGAUGAACGUAUGUGAGCUCACUCUUGCUGUCUCACACCCCCCACAGGUCAAGAACAGGUAACCGCAAGAUGAGGCGCAUGGAGGAUGCUGUUCGUGAGUGGUCUAGGUCGUCGUCUCCCAGUCAACUUUGGGUUGCUGGACCGUUGUCUCCAUAUAAUGUAAUUAUUUGUUUAUUUUGUACAAAACUCCGAUUAUAUAGUAAAGAUGUGACAUUCGAUCCUGUGCCAUGAUUCAUCAUAUGUGUGAGACUUGGUCCCAGCACACCUGGUGAUUAUGUUUACGCCCGGGCUUUGGACCCCUAAAACCCGGGUGUUACAGAAGUGGUAUCAGAGGAAUGUUGACUGUAGGACGAAACCUAGAUAGAACCGGACAACCAUUGUCUACUUACCUCUGCUACUCUGAUUCUUUCUAAACUUAUCUUAAUCUUUUCUCAUAUAUUUCCGCUUUACUCUGAUUAUUCUUAUUUUUUCUUUCUAAAAGACAAAAGUGGAUUUCACACUUUGAAAUCCUGUGCCUAAAGUGACUUUCAGGAAUAGGAGACCUAAUCUUAGGAACAAAAACAAAACUAAUUUUAUCUCUAUGAACUUGAAUGUUUGUUCUUAUGAUACUUGUCUGAUUUGGAUCUUUGAUUGAGUGUGAUGGGUUGUGGAGUAAUAUCCAUAAUUACAUCUGCAUAUACACCUAGGCAAAAAAAAGGGUUUAUGAGAUAAUUAAGACAACCUAGAUUAUCUUCAUUGGAAUAUAUCUAGCUUAAUAGAUUUAUCUUAUCUUGAAAGAUACUCCAUUACCUUAGUAGACUCAUCUUGAAAAGAUUUUUAUCUUAUCUGACUGACCUCAAAAGAUUCUACCUUAUCCCUAUGGAUUCAUCUUGCCCUAAUAAGCAUAUUUACCCCACACUAGUGUAACAACCAUGAUUUAAUCCAAAGUAAUUAGAUAUUGUUUAAUCUAAUGAUAUCGAUCUAAUCUAGACUCCAUCUAAUCUACUAUGGUCCAAUCUAAAGUGAAUUACUUAACGAACUAGUUAAUACUAGUGAAAUAGAUUAUACCCCGCUGGCCAUGUUUUAACUUAAAUUAGUACAUCAAACCAAACCACCCAUGAACAAAUAACUUACCCGCAUAUUCAUGGUGACCAUCCAUCCCAUCUUAGAUGUUGUCAUAAUGCACUUAUCUUAUGCCACCAACCUGUUAACCAUCUGUCCUUACCUACAAGUAUCCUAACUACGUACCCCUAAUUCGGAUAAAUACUUCAAGAACGAAGAUCGAAGAUGAUCGACCUCAUCAAAUCAAGGAAGGAUAAGAUUCAAGAUAGAUCUUCAAAGGAAUCAGGAUUCACAAUCUUGGAUAGUCUUUCCUAGCCCUACCCUUUCUUACCCAAACCUAUAAAUGCUUUAAAGAUAUCUUUUAUCCUGCAUAUAAAAGUGGCUAUACUCAUAUAUACCCAUGCUCUCCUAAUCACUCACUAAUAAUAUAAAAAAAAAGGUUCUUGAUUUUUGAACUAAUUAGAAACUAAAAGCUAAAUUGCAAACCAUUCUUCAUAUAUUCCUUUUCUUACAAAUCUCGAGGACGAGAUUCCUGUUAAGGGGGGUAGGAUUUGUAAUAUCCAAAUUGUUAGGGUGAACAAAAGGAGAAAUUGUUUCUUUUAUAUUUGUGUGUGUAUCUCCAUUUAUCAUCACAUGUGACUGAUCAUGUUUAAAAAUGAGUAAAACUUCACUAAGACACAACUAAACCAUUGCAUCAUAUUGGACUUUUGGUUGUGCAUUUAAUUAUAAAAUUUAGAACCUGAGGUUUGAAAAUAGUUUAAUUCAAAAUUUUGAAAUUUGAACUCAAGCUAUGCAUAAAAAAAUAGAGGAAAAAAAUGUUAAUAAAGUCAUUUUUCCUUCUAUAAAUAAAUAAACGGGAAGGGAAUAAAUAAUAAUAACAAAUAAAUAAUAUCAUACCAAGUAAAAGAAGCAUUAGAACUAUAUUUGAUAUUUGAAAGUCUGAGAUUCAAACCAACAAUUUAAAUCCAUUUGAACUUUGAAAUGGAAAACAUAAAAGAAAAAAAAAGAAAAGAGGAAGAAACCUAAAUGGGCCUGGCUCCUCAAUUCAGCCCACUAGCUCUUGCACGCCAAAACCCUAGCCGCCUUGACUCCUCUCCGCCUCAGCCGCUUCUUUGGCCGUCUCCGCGUGUGCCAGCUCCCUGGUGGACUGACGUGUGGGCCCGAGUACCCAAUACUCGUCUUCAACCGUCAAGCACGUAUGGUGGAGCUUCGCCGUGAAUUUCGGAGCUGCUGGCGGCGCUGACCUGCGACCGGAUGCCAGCAACGAAUCCUCGCGCCGCUAUCCGUUUACCCAGUCGCUCGGGCGCUCAGGCUCUCUGCCCGCGCGACAUCGCUUUGACCAGGCGCCACGCCGAACUCCAUGGAGGCCGCACCUGCCGCGCGUUUUCUUCUCGCCUCUGCUGACCGCAACGGAUUCUUCCCCAAAUCGCGCUGGCCGUGGAAUUCGGCUCUCGGUUUCCGAUCUCGUCCCCGCCACUCUACUAUAUAAACCGAACCCCGCAUCCUUGAUAGUGCCGAGCGCCCAAUCCACAACUUCGUCGUUGUGCGAAUCGAACCAUGGCCCCGCUCCUCCUGGGUUGCUGUGCGGAUAUUGUGUGGUCACGGAUGAUCACCGGUGUGCAGGCAAGCUUUCCGCGUCGUUGGUGGGCGGGUUAUGGCCUCGGGUCACCGGCAAUUGCUCACCGGAGCCAUAUCGCCGCCGCGAAUCCACUCACCGCUGGGGGCAGCGGCAUCUGUGCUACCAACCGUCAGUAAGUCCGUCCCCAUCGUGUUCGCCGCAGUCUCUAUUACCUCUACGCCUGUUCGUGUUUAGGAUUGGAUCUCCGGUGGGCCGAUUCACCAGCUCCGGCGAUGGCACCGCCGUGGGUGGCUGCGCCGUCGUGCUGGGUGCCGGCCUGGGUAGACGAUGACUGACGGCGCGUCCUCCAUCGAUCUUUAAAUCAACGGUCCAGUGGAUGGCGUGGCUCGGCCACCGUUAGAUUUCGAUCCAGCGUCUAGGGUUAGAUCGGAUUGGCGGUGGGAUAUUGACCGUAGAUCCGCGAAGCAACGGUUUAGAUUAGAUCACGUAUACCCUUCGUCCACAUAGAAUCUCGGCCGUGGAUCGCUUGAUCGACGGCUCUGGUCGCGCACUGUUUCAUUAAAUCGAAGAAGUAAAUCGGGGCCCUUGGAUAUCUAAUCCGACGGCCUAUAUCACCCCGUACCCCUUCGCGGCGCAUUUUGCACAAUAGCCCCUCGGGAAUCAUAGAUUAGAACCCGCUGUCCAGCUCGGGGUGUUUCCUGAGUCUGGGGAUUUAUUGCACCAGGGCCCCUGGACUUUCUGGUAAUGGUGCGCUCAGUCCAGAUAAUUAGAAAAUCAGAUAAAUUCAUUAGGAAAAUACUUUUUAGUGUAAAAAUAAAUGCUAGAACUUGUUUAAUUUAUAUAAAAUGCAUACUUGGUCCAAAUUGACCCAUUUCAGUCUCUAUAAUUUUGUAAAAAUGUUGUUUAUCAUAUAUUGCCUCUGUUUUUACAUGAAAAUAAUAAUAAAAUUGAUCUCUUAAUCAAUCCCAUAUCAAGUACAAUAAAAUCUUUAGAAAUUCAUAACUUAAAAUCUAUGAUUACGAUUUGAUCCGUUCAAGUUGCGUUAGUCUCGUAGCUUCGCGUAGAUUAUUAUUACGCAGUUUAUUGUUAUGUUUGGUGUGAUGUUAAUUUUGCCUAUACAUGUUUGUUUGUAUUGCUACGUUUAGCGGUGAGGACACGUGUCAUCUGAAGAGCAAGUUGGUACCUGAAAUCUCAAGUCCCAGGCAAGUUGUGCCCUUGAUCACUUCUUUUUACCCAGCCAUGUUCUGAUUAAUCAUAAUGAUCUGCAUAGGUUAAUUUUGAUGGGACCCAAUAGGUUACCCUAGUUUGAUUAUCUUUAUACCUUGUUACCACUGAACUUUUUGGGUAGUACUUGCUAGUGCUUUAUGUGGUGUUGGGUAUGAAGAUACAUUACUCAUGAUUAUACUUUUGUUAUCCGUUGUUAUUUAUCGUUCAUGAUAAGAUCAUUAUGUUAAUUGGAACAUGGAGCGACCACCCGGGAAAACAGUGCUACCACAAGGGUUUAAUGGGACGCCCUUGGCUGAUUAAUUAGGAAAGCUAGUGGAGGACUACCUUACCCGAAAGGGGCAAGGGCAGUAGGGGAGUGGUCAGUGUAGGGAGGCCCUCGGGAGGAUUUUGCUGCGAUGGCGGUCCUGCAAGGGAUUCCUGCAUUGGAGCUUCCUAUAAACUGUAGCGGGUUUUCUGAAGCUAGUGGAACUUUGUAAAGGCCUCGUAGUGUUACCCUGCCUCGCCUCCUCGGUAGAGGUGUAUGGGAAGUCGCGAUCCCUUGGUAGAUGGGUAACAUGACUUGUGGGUAAAGAUGCGCAACCUCUGCAGAGUGUAAAACUGGUAUACUAGCCGUGCUCACGGUCAUGAGCAGCUCGGACCCUCACAUGAUUAAAUUAUGGAACUUAAACUCAAUUUGUCAUAUGCAUUGCAUCGCAGGUGAGGUUGUUACUUUUGUUCUACUAUUUAAUUGGGUUGGUAUUUACUUAUACUUAGUAAUUGCUAAUAAAAUUUUGACCAACUUUAAAAGCAAUGCUCAGCUCUAACCAUCCUCUUUGGUAAGCCUUACACUUCACGUGAGCUCCCACCUUUGGCGAGUUCAUGCACAUUAUUCCCCACAACUUGUUGAGCGAUGAACGUAUGUGAGCUCACUCUUGCUGUCUCACACCCCCCACAGGUCAAGAACAGGUAACCGCAAGAUGAGGCGCAUGGAGGAUGCUGUUCGUGAGUGGUCUAGGUCGUCGUCUCCCAGUCAACUUUGGGUUGCUGGACCGUUGUCUCCAUAUAAUGUACUUCUCUAAGCACCGAGGAGGUUUUGUAUUGAGUGCACAAGAAACUGUUAAGGAACACUUCACUAGCCAUGUCUGAUGUUUGUGAUGAGAAACCACAUCCAGAGGUUUCUGCUGAUCCUAUAUGUUCAAGGAACUGCAUUUAUGGGGAUGAUGACUGGGUUAUAGUCAAGAAACAGCGUAUCACCAUAUUAAUUCCUCCACAACCACCUGUUGCUGCAAAUCCUCAAUCAAAUAUGCCCACAAUAAGUUCUAAGCAGUCUUGCAUAACUAGGAGCAAGAGAGACUGGGAUGCUGCCAGAAAAAAGCACCCCGAGAAGUUUGCAGCCAAGAAAUAUUUGGACUCCCCUCCAGUGCAUGGCAGUAUAAUCCAUGAGGAUGUUCCAUUUAUGACAGGUGAUAAAUCACAACACGGUUCUGCUAUCCCUGUUGCAAAAUCAGAAUGGACUAAAGACCCGGAUCAUGCUGUUCGAGAAUUGUUUCAUCAAGAAACUGGGAAGGCGACAAGUUUCUUUCGAAACAUCGUUCAGCCAAGGACGCCACUUGUGUCUUCACCUGUUGCGGAUAAGAUAAUUCGAGCCCAGCUUCUUGAGAAACAGGUUGCUGGGUUUGGCGGGCUGAGGAAUUGGCUUUUCGGUUGUGGUCUUGGAUGGUUUGUCAACAUACUGGACAGUGAAAAGCUGGGGACGUAUCAGCUUGCCUCUCUUACUAUGGAACAGCUGAAAGAUAUGGGUCUUGUUGCUGUAGGUCCACGGAGGAAACUGAUCCACGCUAUCGACAGUUUAUGCGGCCCGCACCAUGCUGAGAUGCUUUCUUGAUCCCUUGCAUUUUAGUUAGCUAGAAGGAAAAUUAUUACAGGAAGGAUGUCUGAAGUGGUCUCUGGUUGUAGCCAACUCGGUGACUGAAGUCCAUACAUUUCUUUUAUGGAUAGCAUUUCAAUCAUGGCCGCAACUGAAGUGCCAGAGCGUUUUGGAAGUAGAAAAUGCGCAAAGUUUUGGAAGUGAAGCUAGCAGUGAAAGUUUUGGAAGUAGAAAACGUACAACUGCUAGAGUUCUUCCUUCUAUGAAACACGUUUUCAGAUUAUUACCUCCAAGCACAUCUGACUACAAAAAAGACUGUACCUUGUAAUCCUGCAGAUAUGCUUCUCUCUAAGUUGCACAUACGUUAUUAUGAAUGUGUUGGCUGUAGAAAACGUACAACUGCUAGAGUGUUCUUUGAAACACGUUUUUAGUUAUUACCUACAAGCACAUC